UUUUCAUAUCAAAAUUAAGAAAACGUUCGAAGAGGUCAUCACGUAAAUAAAUUGCGGUCAAAGCUCCUUUUUCUGAAGACGAAAUGGCUUUCACUCGAUCAGUUCGCCAUAUACGAACAGCGACCGCGUACGCUUUUGUGAGUAAUGCGCUAUCCUCAACACAAAGAUGAUGCUCUAUAUUGCGGCAGAGGCCAUAAACUUUCUUAUUGGCAAUAUCUGAUCUGCAUACACGGAUAGGGCUUGAAGCUAUUCUACUGCAAUCUAAAUGAAACCCCAUGAUACUCUUAAUGCAUCGUUGUGUCUUUUGCUUUGUUAAAUUGAAAGCGGAUGAAUCGUUUCGCCGAAAUGUACGCUAUGAUAUUUACAUCAGUUGGAGAGCAAGACUUUCAAGUGGUCCCUGAUCCAACAAUAUUUUCUACACACUUGCGAAAUUGUCGAUUUAGCUCACUGCCGUUUUGUGCAAUCGUGACAGAGCAGAAACAACAAACGAUGAUGGACUUGAUCCCCGUCAUUUGUUAUGAAACACGACAUUAUUUACAUCCUCGACGACAUGACUCGUAAAAUGUUGUAUAAUCAAAUGAAGAUGUUGAUUUCACAAUUCAACGGUGGCGCCAGCUCUUUCGUUUUAGAAUGAGAACAGGUAGCCGGGACAAAACUUGUCUGUUCUACAAGUUUCCCAAAAACAAGGAAUCCACGGUGUGUAUAGAUAUUUCGUUGCAAUUGCGACAGCUGCUCACCAAUUUUCUUUAUGAGGAGGUACACAGCUUUUCCAUGGCUAUCGUAAGGAGCAUGGAGAGCAUCCAUACUACAGUGGAAAGAAGUCACUAUACGCUGGUCACACACAAGUCCCCCAGUAGCAAAGCCUCUUUUGCUCUCUUCCUUUUCUCUUCUUUUUUUCUUGACAUACCUAGAAAAAAGCGGAAGAAAUGCAAGGGCACAGCGAAUGCUAAUUUCUUGUUAAACCCAGCAAGCGAUUAAAAGCUCAAUAAUAGAGUUGAG